CAGGGAACGAGCGAGGUGUUGCAUCGCAGGUUUGUGUUUUCAGUAGCUACAUUUUAUUUUUUUCUUUGGGACGCGUUGGUCUUACAUUGUUGAAAUAAGCAGGUUGCAGCAGCUGUUUGGUCCUCUCUUAUUUUAGUUCCGCCUAUUAUCACGCCCUUGUCCGUGCAAUAAAUAUUGCUCAUCAGACCCAGUUUCUUGUCUCCUCUCGCCGUUGCCUGUUCCCUGGACCGAGGUGCGCACCUUAUCCUGCCUGCUGUCCACUGACAAUGGAGACAGAACUUGAGCAACAAGAAGAGACCUCGUUCAGCAACACAGAGACAAACGGUAAGCGCCCAGCGGAGGACGCAGACGAACAGAAAUCAUUCAAGCGCUCCAGGAACUCAGACGAGAUGGUGGAACUUCGCAUUCUCCUGCAGAGCAAAAAUGCGGGAGCUGUGAUUGGGAAGGGUGGCAAAAACAUCAAAGCCCUUCGUACAGACUACAAUGCCAGUGUGUCAGUCCCAGACAGCAGUGGGCCUGAGCGCAUCCUGAGCAUCAGCUCCGACAUUGAGACAGUUGGAGAGAUCCUGCUGAAGAUUAUCCCAACCUUAGAAGAGUACCAGCAGUACAAUGGGAUGGAUUUUGACUGUGAGCUGCGUCUGCUGAUCCACCAGAGCCUGGCUGGCUCAAUCAUUGGGGUGAAAGGAGCCAAGAUCAAGGAGCUCCGAGAGAACACCCAGACCAGUAUCAAGCUGUUCCAGGAGUGCUGUCCUCAGUCGACAGACCGGGUGGUGCUGGUUGGGGGGAAAUCGGAGAGGGUGGUGGAGUGCAUCAAGACGAUGCUGGAGCUCAUCUCUGAGGCUCCCAUAAAGGGCCGUGCACAGCCCUACGACCCUAACUUCUAUGAUGAAACUUACGACUACGGUGGUUUCACCAUGAUGUUUGAAGAGAGGGGGGGUGGCCGCAGGCCCAUGGGAGGGUUCCCCAUGCGCGGAGGCAGGGGUGGUAGUGGUGACCGAGGGUUUGACCGAAUGCCCUCUGGCAGAGGGGGUCGGGGGCCUAUGCCUCCCUCCCGCCGGGACUAUGAUGAGAUGAGCCCCCGCAGAGGUCCCCCUCCACCUCAUCCCAGGGGGGGCAGGGGUGGUGGCCGUGGACGCAACAUGCCCAUGGGACCUCCGCACAGAGGAGGAGAUGAUCGUUACUAUGACUCGUACCGUGGCUCAGAUGACAGGUCAAACAGUGACAGAAGAGGCAGACCGGAUCGCUAUGGCGAUAACAUGGGAGGGGGAUAUGAUAACAGUUCCUCCUGGGACAGUUACCAGUCUGGUGGUCGUGGCUCCUACAAUGACAUGGGUGGCCCAGUCAUCACCACACAAGUGACCAUCCCUAAAGAUCUUGCUGGCUCUAUCAUUGGUAAGGGAGGCCAGCGGAUCAAGCAGAUCCGCCACGAGUCAGGUGCUUCCAUCAAGAUCGAUGAGCCACUGGAAGGUUCUGAGGACCGCAUUAUCACCAUCAGUGGCACCCAGGACCAGAUCCAGAAUGCCCAGUAUCUUCUUCAGAACAGCGUGAAGCAGUACUCUGGUCAGUUCCUCUAGACCCAGGAGACUCAGAUUGACGCAGAUUGCCCCCCAACCCCUCUGUCCCUCUCCAACACAGCCCCCCUCAGAAUAUUAUCCUGGAUUGUGGGUUUCUCUUUUGAAUUUUAUUUUUGUAUUUUUUAAUGAGAAAAAAAAAAAUAGGUCCAACAUUCCUGUAUGUAAAAGAAAAUGUAGAUGUUCUCUGCAUUUUUUAAGAGUUUAGUCCAAUAUCUAGCACACACUCACUUUUUUUUUUUUUUUAAACACUGACAUGUCUAUCAGAAUAUUCUUCAGAGCCUCCCAAAAGACAGAAAUAAACAUAACCUUUAUUUUAUUUUAUUUUUUUGGAUUUUUUUUUUUUUUUUUUUUAUGAUUUGUAAGUGUGUUAGUGUCUCCAGAGUAAAUCUGUCCAGUGUGUGUGUAUGCAUGUGUAUGGGGUGGGUGUGCUUUCUCUUGUUGUCUGUAUUGGUCUUCACACAGAGUUGUACCACAGUACCAUUCAGUGAAACUUGCAGAAUGUAAGCUACUUUCUUUUAUAUGGAACAUUUUAUGAUUUAUUAUUUUUAAGAGAUGUAGGAAAUUGUACACUUCUUUCAAGUGGUUUCAGUUUCGGGGUGUUGUGAUGUUUUUUUUUUUUGUUUUGUUUUGUUUUGUUUUUUUGAGGGGGGGGCUCUGAAUUUUUGGGAUGAAUACCCUGACACCUUACUCAAUUGUAAAAAUUAAGAUACAGGACAGUCUUGACUAUUUUGUAAACAUAUUCAUGGUAGUUCUUUGAGAUCCGUAUGAAUUGUUUGAGUAACCUGAAGCGGAAACAUGUAGCUAGCGAUUUGUUAUGACAUUGUAUGGGAGACUUGACAAUUAUGUGGAAGUGGUCUAUUUUGUCCCUGCAAUUUCUGUUCGCUCCCCAUGCUGUCGACUUCACACUGUCAAACUGUAAAAUUAAUAAUAAAGAUAAUGCCACUUUUUACUGAA